ACUAUUUCAUAAGCGACAAAAGUACCAUCUCGUUCAGUAGCCGCGUAUACACGGUUCAAACAUCAUAAAGAUACUCCAAAGUGGUACCAAGUGGGGUUCAAGUGGUACCUUCGAAUUGGAAGGCAGUACUACGGUAAUACAAGUGCAAGGCCGACCAAGGUCGUAUAACGAAGAUACGCUAUCAGUCAGGGGUUCGAGGUUUCGACAGGAUAGGGGUUUUCCCAGUGAAAUUGUUUAAAAUGAAGAUUUACAUUCUCAUCUUGGUCUGCGUAUUCGCACCUCUCAAGCCCUCAAGCUGUUCACCAAUUGACCAAAGAAAAGCCAGGGCGCUCUACUACAAUUACAUGCCUAGUAACGACUACGACUUCGACAACUUAGACUUGGAAGAUAGUGGCAAUUACGUUAACGAGGAUGACAUCGCACGUGCCAUCUCACCUUCAGGAAGAAAGGUUCAAAAGGUGAUUCCAGGAAACGCCUUCAAUUCUCCCAUAUAUUACAUAGCUCUACCCCCACAACCAUACAUUUUCGUACCGGGUAUGGGAUACAUGUCCCAACCGUCAAAUCCGAGCAGCAACUUCCUGAAUCUACCGAUAAACUUCCUGGCCAACGGAAAACCCAGCAACAUUUACCAGUGGUCUGCCAACAAUUACCAGAACCCGCACAAACCGACAACCACGAAAAAACCCAUGGAACAUCCAAAGCCCACAGAUUCCCCGAUCAUCAACCUGGAUAACAAAUUCGUCUUCAACGGAAAACCAUCAGAUACAAUCAGCAUACUCAGGGAUUCUUACAACGCCCUGUACAGCGACGCGCUACAAAAUUUCUAUCCUUAAAUCGCCAAUUAAAUUCGAUUCGUUUUGGACGAACGUAAAAACCAAGGUCUGAUUUUGUAUUUAUUUAACGGAUUGUUGUUUGUACCUCCCUAUUUUCGGAGGUUUCUGUUAAUUGAUUUUCUCUUUUUAUAUCAAUUGGAAAAAUCGAAGGUCUCGAUUCGAUAGACCAGUGAAAACGAUUGUCUAAUAAGUACUUCUAGUAUAUUUAUUGUUAUUUAUUAUUCAUAUAUUCCUAUAGAGAUGAUUAUAUUGAUAUUGAAGUAAUGCUAUUAAAUUAUUUAAAUUAUUGUGAUCAAGUAGAUGGACUAGCGAAAACUGUUAUCGAUUAAUAAAGAAUUUCUUAUAUCGAAA